AUGUCCAAUCUCCUGGAGUUCCAGAGUGUACCAGUAGGGGGCCUCAGUUCCAAACAACAUUCAGUGAUCAGUUUCAUGUCUCUGUUAACAUUACCCUCUGUGUCUGUAUGGAGGUUUUUGUACAGCGAGUCAAUCAGACUCUAUCACUGUGGUGGACUUUUGGUGGAGGGACCAAACUGAGUGUUGGUAGUAAGUAUUCAAUUCUCGAUCUUGACCUCUGUUAUCAAAAUCCCAAUUCAUUUUCUUAACACUAUUACAACUCCGUUAAAUAGAAAGUAGAAAAGUUUAUUUUUUGGGGGAGAAUUUGUGUUGCAUUUAUUUUCCCUUAGAAGUAAAUUGAGUUAAAUUAAAAUGCCUAUCCAAUAUGUAAUAUAUCAAACAAUGUGCUUAUACAGUUUGUAUUGAUUUCGAACAAUAGGGUUAUUGAUGAAAUCUGAGAGUGGUUUGGUAGUUCAGCGAGAGCAGUAUCUCUAUAGUUUCAAAGGUUUUUGUAUGGCCGUUGCAUGUGUUUGUAUCACUGUGGUACACUUUUGGUGGAGGCACUAGACUGGAUGUUGGAAGUAAGUUUUUUUUUAUGCUUAGUUUUGCUAUCUAUUUGCUAUAUUGCUUUCUUAUUUUGAAUGUUAUUAAAUAUUUGCUAUAUUUUGCUAAGUGUUGCUAUCUUACAAAGUCCUGCUGUUCAUAUGAAUACACUUUGGUUUCAACUUAUUAUAGAAUAUCUCGUAAAUUACAGUAUAACUUUAUUCAUUUUCUUUUAAAUUAAAGCUGCAAUAGGCUAUGUAACUUAUUCUGAGACCCGACCAAAUUCACAUAGAAAUACAGUUAAAAUCUUUCGUUGUCAUUGAAAGCAAGUCUAUAAAGCGGUAGAUUGUUCUAUGUGUGCUAUUUCUAUGCUUCCCAUUCUUAAGUUUAAUUUUUUGUUUUACUUUAGGUUUUGCACACCAGAUCAAACAGCUAAAAAUACAAUAUUUUUGGUUAUGGAAAAUAUAUUUCACAGCGGUUUAGAUGGUACAAUGAUUCUCUACUACACCAGGGCUCACCAACCCUGUUCCUGGAGAGCUACCCUCCUGUAGGUUUUCACUCCAACCCCAGUUGUAAUUAACCUGAUUCAGUUUAUCAACCAGCUAAUUAUCAGAAUCAGGUGCGCUAGAUUAGGGUUGGAGUGAAAACCUACAGGACAGUAGCUCUCCAGGAACAAGGUUGAGAGCCCUACUCUUACAUUAUCCUUUCUUGUUUUGUCACAUAAACUGAAGUUAGGUGAACUAUUAGAAUUUUAGCAACCAGUAAAUGGCGUAGUGAUUUCUGCAUAGUGCAUCUUUAAAUGUAAUAUUAUUGUUAGAUGGUUACAGUCAACUGGAAUUUACUUCCUCAGCACUUAUUUUAAACAGAUCAUUUAAGAAUUGGUCAUACAUUCUGUGGAAUUUUCUUUAAAAUAAUAAUAAUGAAUAAUGAAAUGCAGUUUGAUUCCUAGGAUUUUAUCACAUUACAAAAAGGGAGAAGUAUGUGGAAAUAUUUGUCAUUUUAAAAAGAAUUUUUUUUGAAGAUAGUUGAAUGUAUUUUCAGUCAUCUCAUGUAGUUAUAAUAUGCUUCAGUAGCUACUCAUAGGGAAGUGAAAUAGUGACACAAAGACUGAGAAACUGUGUUUUUGAGGGACAGAAACCUACUGAAAAAACAACUUAAUUUACAGCUAAGAUGUAAAACUGCUGCGUCACUAUUGUUGCAUCAGUCUGGUGAUUGAUUGAUAGCUCCCCUCUCUCUAAUUUCCCACCUGUCUCCUAGGUGAUGUUCCUCCCACCCUGACGGUCCUGCCCCCCUCCAGUGUGGAGCUACGACAGGGGAAGGCCACUCUCAUGUGCCUGGCCAACAAGGGCUUCCCCUCAGACUGGAAGCUGAGCUGGAAGGUGGAUAGGAGCAGUAGCAGCACCUGGGAGGUGACCGGGAGCCCUGGGGUCCUGGAGAAGGACGGCCACUACAGCUGGAGCAGCACCCUGACCCUUCCUGUCGACCAAUGGAGGAAGGUCAGCUCUGUGACCUGUGAGGCCACCCAGGGCUCCCAGUCUCCACUCUCUGAGACACUGAGGAGAGACCAGUGUUCUGACGAAUGA